AAUUAUAUUGAUUAAACCAAUAAACCGCUUGUGUUGAGGUUAUCAAUCUCAAUCGUUUUCAUCUUGAGUUUAUUGCUACUAUCAAGUUAAUAUACGGCGCUUGUUCUAUAUUGACUCGGUAGUAAGUUUUAUUAAUGAACGCGUCUCGUUAUUAAUAACUACCCUCGAUGAACUGGAUAUACUCCUCGAUUGAGUAUUCGAGAGGAAGAUAGUUAAAGAUAUAACCGGGAUCGACGAACAUUUCAUUAAGUGGAUAAAAGCAAAGCCAAGUCUUCUUCUCAUUAAUUAAACCACAUAACUCAUUCAUCUUCGUGUUUAAUUUAUUAAACCAAAUCAAACUAAAACCCCCCAUUUUGUUACUAGUUCUAUAAAAAGAAAAGUAUUCCUUUCCCUGUGGAUACGAACCUUACUACGCUAUACUACGUAUAAGUGUUGUAUUGUAUUAUUAUUUUGAGUGCACACCACGACAAAGUGCGCGUCAAAUUUGGCGCCGUUGCCGGGGAAAGGCAAUUAUUUUUCUUUUUAUUUUAUCUCAUAAAAAUCAAAAACAAAAAAAAAAUCAAAAACAAAAAAUCUUACUCUUCUAUUUUCUGAGCUUACAUGAGUUAUGAGUAUAUGGAUGUCAACAUAUCAUCCUUAGAGAGUCAAAUUUCCUUCUUGACUUCUCUAAUAAAGGGAUUUAUCUUAAACUCCGAAGCUCAAGAUGCCAAGACAUGCAACAUUUGCAUGUCUCACAGGCAUUUUACGGAUUUCUGCCCAAAGCUCCAAGAUGAAUACCUUGAACAAAUUGAUGAUGUUGGUUACGAAAGGGAUGCACCUCACAUGAGGUAUGAUCCGUUCUCCAACUCUAACAUGUCUACAGAGGAUAUGGUCCGGGCUAUUGCUACCAACAUGACCACCAUGCAAAACAACAUGGUGCAAUUCCAAAAUGAGACCAAGUCUAGCAUUUCAAACAUGGAAACUCAAAUGAUUCAAAUACCCGGAGCCGUAAGUAGGCUUGAAGCAAGGGAUUCGGAAAAACUUCCCUCUCAAAUAGAAUGUGAUCCUAAACAGCAAACUUUUGCAAUCACAUUGACAAAUGAGAAGGAAAUGCAAAAGGAGAUCCAAAAUCCAGAAGAAGUAGAAGAAGAAAGAGACGCGGAGCUCCAGCUAGUCAAAGAAGAGGAUGAACCGAGUUUCAAGGUCAAAUAUCUAUCCUUGUCAUCCUUUGAGGUACCCCCAACAAUUCUAAAAACUUUGAGGGAAACUCAUAAAAUUGACAAGGAUAAUGACAUUUUUGAAAUCUUCAGCAAAAUUGAGGGAUCAAAACAUUUUCCGUUAACCAUGUUUAACGAUAAUUUCUUUCCCUCACUCCCACCACAUGAAUUAAUGAAAAUCUGGAUAUUUGAUCCUGGAAAGAUUUUCAAAGUGAAGAGUCAAGAAAUUAAGCAUUCCUAUGGAAGUCCUAGGAGUGAAAGUGUGAAGAAGAUAAACUAUCACGAUCCAAGUUUGAAUGAUUGAACACAAUGACAGCGUCGUGCCACGACGUUAAAUAAAGCGCAUCUUGGGAGGCAACCCAUGCAAGAAGUUUGUCUGCUGCCAUCAUCAAGUCAUGCCACAGUUGUCCAGCUGCCAUCGUCAAGUUGCGCCACCGCUGUCCAGCCUGUCCAACCGCACGCUUGCGCGGCCCAUCGUCUUGUCGCGCGCUUGCUCACCGCCGCCGCCGCCCAGCCGCAGGCUUGCCCCGCUGGCCGCUGCCUUCCCUAGACAUGUGUGCCACCGCUGUCCUGAUCUUUGGGCGCCGCCGCCAUCAAUAGACAUGGAGGCCGCCAUCCCAAUUCAUGCGCGCCGCCACCAUCCUGAUCCCUGCGUGCUGCCGCCGGCCCGCCACCAUCCUCUGUCCCUACACCAACCUACAUGCACCUCCGAACCGCACAGCUCCGUCCCAAUCUUGCUGCCACCCAGUCAUCUCCUCUAUUCUCAUUCAUAUUCUUCUUCUUUUCUAUUAUUGAAAUUAGAAUUUAUGGGCAGUAAACAUGGGCAGUGAGCAUGACCAAUGAACAUAAUAAUAACUAUGGUUGAGUAUGGGAAAGAAGUGAAUAUGACAAUAUGUAAUGUUGUACAUGG